UUCGUGUGUCCUCCAAGUCUUUUACCAAGGUAUAAACGACAAAGGAGAAAAUUGGCAAGAAACUGGCAUCGUAAUAGAGUUAGCAGAUAAAGUAAUAGCUAGCUUAGCUUGUUGACUUUUGCAGGUCAGGUUACAUUAAUAUCAGUAAAUGUCUUAUUUAUUCUGGAGCUGAUAUAAGGAUGUUAUUAUAUUGUAAUCACUAUAGAAAUGAGCAUUAGAUACGACAACGUGCCAUAGCCGCCCGGCUAACCAUCGUGCCUCCGUGGCGGCCAUGUUGGGGAGGUCGAUGUUCCCUUAGAAGGCAAUGCAUGGACACUGACAUUAAAUCGUAAAUUGCUCAUUUCUCACCCGAUUAUCAUUAUGUUUACUGUUUUGUCAACGCCAAAGCGUAUUCUAUCAAUACACGGGUUUGCCAUAUAUACCAAUACAUAUCUGUGGUAUCGCCCUUCACAAAAAACUACAGUUCCGCGCCGUUGUGUACGUCGUCCAAGUAUCUGGUGCGAGGCGGAGUUUAGCAAGAUUGACAAGCUAAAACCUGGAAAUGGAUGCACAACUUGUUGGUUAAAUAAUUUUAAAAAGUGUCUUUUUUUUAGCACAAUAGAAACAACAAAGCGAAGGAUUGACAAGAAACUGCCACUGCAAUGGUGUGACCAGGCUCUCCGUCUCGUUUGUCUUCUCCCUCUACUCGGCCGAUGGCAGACUCAGCCUCAGGUAUUUCUCACCCUGUUGAGAAGAAGACGUAUUGGACGAGAGAUGCCAGGAAGGGUCCCGCCAGCCUCCUGGGAACCUGAGGGCUCCUGCAGAGAGCCAGAGACACCAGCCUCGAGGAGGGCAAGCGUCCCUGGGAAAUCAUGCAGUGAGGACCAGCUGAGCCACCGUCGUAACUGCAUUGUUCUGGUAUUUUGUUCCUGAACGCAGCGCCGAGUGUUUUGUGAGGACUUUGGCCUUGCAGGACCAUGGGAGCCUCCAGUGACAAGGUAUCUUCUCCUUGGACGCUGCUCGUCCUGCUGCUUUGCGUCGUCCGCGCUCUCUGCCAGGAAGAAUAUUCCGGAAACCACUCGGGUGAGGAUCAAACCUUUGAGGGCUCGAUCCUGGACCGCUAUGACCACUUGAGGCCCUACCAGCCAGAGUCUUCUCACGGCUACGAUGAGGACCAGAAUCCUGAGGAGGACGACUACGACCCCUACGGGCCCGCCCCCACCCAGGUCACUAUGAUCACAGAGGAUGCGUUCCCCUACGUCACCACCACCGAGUCACACUACGCUAAGGAGGACAAACUGGGUCGGAGGAAGGUCCCGUUCAAGCACCAGGGACCUGACACUGGGUCCUCGGAGGAGUCGGGUGGUGACGCAGCCCUCGGUGAGGAGGGUCCCACCGAGUGCGACUGUGAACCCGGAGAGCCGGGAUUCGCCGGCUUUGCUGGGCCCAAGGGCUUGCGAGGCCUGCAGGGUAAAACAGGAGCACCGGGACAUCAAGGCAGAGAGGGUUAUAAAGGAACAAAAGGAGUGGAGGGACGAAGAGGCGAUGCCGGCCCAGUGGGUGAUCCCGGACCCGAAGGUGAAGACGGAGGUUCGGGUUUCUUCGGUGCCAUGGGAGAACCAGGACUUAUAGGAGACCGGGGUGUGGUUGGAGGGCUGGGCCUGAAGGGAGACAAAGGCAUAGAGGGACCGCGAGGAGGGGUCGGAGGGCCUGGUAACACUGGUUCUCGCGGUGAUGCUGGCACCCCUGGAUCGAGCGGAGGUAAAGGUCCAAAGGGGUCUGUGGGCAAAGAGGGCAAAGAGGGAGUUCAAGGACCAGAUGGACGCAAGGGUCAGACUGGAGCGCCCGGAUUCCCAGGAGACAUCGGCGACAGAGGCUACACUGGUUAUCCUGGCCAGACCGGAGGCCAUGGGGCGGUUGGACCGAAGGGCACCAAAGGUCGCGGUGGCAUUGCAGGCAGCGAUGGCGACCGUGGAGAAGAUGGUCCGAUAGGUGUCCCGGGAUUGAUGGGAGAUCCAGGCUACUUCGGUGCGCAGGGCAGCAAAGGCGACCGUGGCGUGAGAGGACCCCGAGGCAGAGUGGGCUCUGUGGGUCCUAGUGGAGAGCAAGGAGACGCUGGGAUACCGGGAAAGCCAGGACCAAACGGCCUACAGGGACCCAUUGGGCCCAAAGGCGAGACCGGACCCGAUGGCGACACGGGUGCAAAGGGAAGGAAUGGCGUAAAGGGUCAAAAAGGACAGAAGGGGGCGAUUGGCCAUCGUGGAGACAAAGGACAGCGUGGCCCAAAAGGCACGCUCGGCCGGCCAGGCGAUUCCGGCCCCGAGGGUCCUCCCGGCGUUCCGGGGACCCGAGGAGCUCGCGGCCCCCUCGGAGACCCCGGCGUCAAAGGCCAAGCUGGACUAAGAGGAGUGCAAGGGCCCAUCGGUCCCGGCCUGUCGGAUGAGCAGGUGCUGCAGUUGUGCCGCAGUGUGGUCACGGCUCAGAUCUCGCAGUACGCCGCCUCCAUCCAGUCCAAGUGCUCGCAGGGCUGCCCCAUCAACAACCGCACGCUCAUCGGACCCCCCGGAGCCAAAGGACCCCCUGGACCAGCUGGCAAAACCGGCAAAGCAGCCAAAGCUGGAUUCAAGGGAGCCCGUGGAGUUCAGGGAGACCGAGGUCUGGAAGGAGAGAAAGGAGCGCAGGGUGAACAAGGCAGAAAGGGUCCUAAAGGAGUUGCAGGCGAUCCAGGAAAAGGCUUCCCGGGACUUGAUGGACCACAAGGGGGUCCCGGUUUUCCAGGCGAGCCGGGUGUCGCCAAAAACGGCAUGGAGGGUCCACGCGGCCCCCGCGGCUUCCCAGGUCCCAUGGGUAUCACCGGAAUGCUGGGAAUAUCCGGUGUUCCGGGUUUCUGUGAGGCUCGGGACUGCAGUAUCCAUGCGCCGGUGAUGCGCAAAGAGCAGGGUCUGGUUAAGGGACCCCGCAGCUCCUAAACUUGAAAAUUAACAGAGUGGAAGAGUCACUUCGUCAUCAUCAUAUUGCAUUAUUUCAACUUCAAGCUGAUGAAAAGUCAGUGGUCCUAGUACAGUCCCGAGGGGGCACUCCGCUCCAGGAACAAUCUGCUUUGCAUCCGUUUUGUUGGUUGGGUAAAAAGUAUUUUUAUCUUUCAUUCGGUCCCAUUUUUUUUAUUUCUGAUGUGUAAAAAACAAGUGAGCAUAAAGUGUAUCUGGAAAGUAUUCACAGAGCUUCACUUUUUCCACGUUGUUGUCGUUACUGCAUUAUUCCAUAAUGGAAUAAAUUAAUUUUCUUUCAUCAGAAUUCUACGCACAUCAUCACAUACAACAUUAAUACUCAAUACUUAUUGAUGCACCUUUGGUAGCAAUUACAGUCUAAAGUUUUUUUGGGAUGUCACAAGCUUGACACACCUAUCUUUGGCUAAUUUGGUCUCUCAAGCUCCAUCAGGUUGGGCCUUAACCAUAAUAAAAUGUAAAAAAAAAAAAAAAAAAAAAAAAAUGGAAGCGUUGUGAAUACUUUCCUGAUACAUGGUGAGUAAAUAAAAGGAUGGCGUGUAAAUAUGAUGUAAAGUAUCUCAAAUACAUGUACUGUGCUCUGAAGUGUUUCAGAUAAACUGCCUGAUGUUGUUUUGUUUUGUAUCCGUGUCCUCCUCGGUUCGUUGUCACACAAUCUUACGACAUUUGCCGACAUCUCUUAUGAUGAUACUUUGAAGUUAGACAUUGUGGAGGUAUCUUUGCAGUUUACUCAAAAUUGGACCACUUUUGAGCGAUUGGAGGUUCCAGUGUAAUAUUGUGAUAUUAAAAGUAUAAAUCCCCCUUG